UUGUCAGGGAGGACUUCCUUCCCACGCCAGGCUCUCUCUUGACCUCUGCUUCCCGAGCACUCACUUCAGGCAUGGAAAGGCAGGCCGUUGGAGAGCUGGACAGCUCUUCCUCGAAGAAAAUGCAGAGUGUGGUGUCGGGGAAGGCAGGCAGCGGGCCCAGCUUCUCAGGAGCUGCUGCUGCUGCUGCUGUGGGCAGCCUGACCCGGGCCUUUCCUAGGAAGAAAGUGGCCCAGGAGAAGAAGUUCCUAGGGGCCACCUCAAACAUGGCCCUGGGGAGAGUAUUUCCUCCAUGGGGGCAGAGACUGUCGGCAGUUUCCCUUGAACCAGCCACCUUCCCCCCAAUCGCUGGUGUUCCCCUGCUCGGGAGGUCCAAGAGCUACUCGUUGCUGUCCUUGGGACCCAAACACUCCAAGCUCGGCAGCACUGGGAAGAAAUCUGGGGCGAGGAAGGCAAAGGAUUCCCAUCCUGUGUCCAGAGAUGAUAAUAAUCCAAAUAGAGAUCCAGGCCCAAAGGCCCAACUUCCAACACCCAGGCCAGGGCCACCUUGCCUGCACAUGCAUCGUGGAGAAUUCGGCAGUGGCGACCCCAACACCAGAGCCCGGCAAGUUCCAGGAAGCUUACAGGCCUCAGCCUUGAGCCAGGGAGGUAUCAUGCCCAGAGGCCAUGCAACCUGCAGGGAGUCUGGUGAGUGUGAUAGGAGUGGAGGGGAGAGGGGUGGAGGAGGGCAGCCUCUGGCUCCUCACUUCUGGGGGCUGAGCCUUGCUCCCAGGCGCUGUGCCUACCCAGACAGCUCUCCCAGAGGAAACCGGGUGUCGACAGGCCUGGGAUGUGAGUUGUAGCAGCACCACAAACUCUGACUCCAGAAGUACACUCAGCACAGCAGAGCUGAGUCUUUUAAGUGAAGUCCUGUUCCUGCCCAUCACUCCUCCCAGGGCUGGCUGUGGCUGUAGCUGUGCUAGCGUCCAACCCAGAGCCACAAUGCUAGGGGGCCACAGGCACAGAUGGCCUGACACUGGGGAACAGGAACAGGGAAGGCAGGCCCAGAGAGAAUCCGGCAGCUGCUGGGCCGAGCAGGAGCCACUUGCUGCCAGCAGUCGGGGAUUCUGCCUCACUUUAGCCCCAGUAGGCCCUGUCCUC